ACAACCAGUGGAAAAAUUAAUAGCCAUAUAAAUAUUUUUUGAAGAUGUCAAGAGUUACUCGCCUGAUUGUCGAUUGGUUUACCUGAUUGACCUUUUGGAAUUCUGUUUUCCCCUUUCUUCACGCACUUCUCCCUCUCUUUUUAUUCUUCCAGUCGCUUUUCAAUACUCUAACUUCAACUUUUAAUAGCCUUCAUCUGCUGCUUUUGAAUGAGUCCAUGAUCCAUUUAUUCCACUGUUUAUGAUGUCGUCUCAAUAGAUCUUGAGUUUAUCCCUUUUAUCUUCUCUCUUUCUUAAACAAGUUUUAUCCUCAUCCUCUUACUUUUCCAAUGUUUUGAAUGGUACGGAUGGGGACUCGUUACUGUUGCUUUUCUUCUACAUUCCUACUUCAAUAAGAACACAUGACAUUGGGUUGAAUUUUUAUUUGUUUUUUUCUUCUCAAGUCUAGAGCUGGUGGGUUCUUUCAUAUUGGGGAAAACAAGGUGGAUUUGUAUAUGUACAUGUGAGAAUAUAUAAUCUUGAUUUGUUUUGUGUUCUGUUCUUACAAAAUGGGUUGCAUCUGUUCUAAGGUUUUAGCUGACGAGUGUAGUGACAAUGAGCAUGAUAGCUCCAAAAGACCCCAUUCCUCUAUGAAGCACCUCUCUGAAUUGAAAAUACCAAGAGCUGGUUCUCCCAAUUCUUCUCAGGUUUGGGAGAAGGAUAGACUGGAUUGUAGUGAUGUUACGGUUAUGCUGUUCGAUACGAAGCCAAACGGUUCUCUACGUUCAUAUAACAAGCCUCCUAAUGAGAAGAAGAAGACAGAUGUCCUUGAUGUCACCUUUAUCAACCAUCCACGUAUGAGAAAGAUUCCAAAUGCCAUCGAGGCCGAGCAAGUCGCUGCCGGGUGGCCGAGUUGGCUGGCUGUGGUGGCUGGUGAAGCUAUCAAAGGCUGGUUGCCAAAACGUGCAAGCAACUUCGUCAAGUUAGAUAAAAUUGGCCAAGGAACUUAUAGCAGUGUGUAUAAAGCUCGUGAUAUCAUUCAAGAUAAAGUUGUGGCUUUGAAAAGGAUCAGAUUUGACAAUCAAGAUGCUGAGAGUAUCAAGUUUAUGGCAAGGGAAAUCCUUGUUUUGAGAAGGCUUGAUCAUCCAAAUAUAGUUAAGUUGGAAGGUUUGAUCACAUCACAAACAUCUUGUACCAUGUACCUUGUUUUUGAAUAUAUGGAGCAUGAUCUUACCGGACUCACAUCACGGCCUGGUGCAUCGUUCACCGAACCACAGAUGAAGUGUUACAUGAAACAACUUUUGAGUGGACUUGAUCAUUGUCACAGUAACGGGGUUCUACAUAGAGAUAUAAAGGGCUCUAAUCUUCUUAUCGACAAUAAUGGUAUUUUGAAGAUAGCAGAUUUUGGGUUGGCUGUUUUCUUUGACUCACAAUCAGCAGUUCCAAUGACAAGCCGUGUAAUAACACUCUGGUAUCGACCACCAGAACUUUUACUUGGAGCGUCUAAAUAUGGAGUCGAAGUUGAUUUAUGGAGUGCUGGUUGCAUUCUAGGAGAGUUAUAUAGUGGCAAACCUAUCUUGCCAGGAAAAACAGAGGUUGAACAACUACAUAAAAUAUAUAAGCUAUGUGGUUCUCCUUCCAAGGACUAUUGGAAAAAAUUGCAUUUGAAGCAUUCAACAAGCAUGAAACCUCCACAGUCAUACGAAAGAUGUCUUCGAGAAAGAUAUAACGAUAUUCCUCAUAGCGCUGUCGAUCUUAUGGACACUUUGUUAUCUAUAGAUCCUGCAGGGCGAGGAACUGCAGCUUCCGCUCUCGACAGUGAGUUCUUUACCACAAGGCCCUUACCAAGUGAUCCUUCAAGUUUGCCAAAAUACCCUCCAAGCAAAGAGAUCAAUACGAAACUGCGUGAAGAAGAAGCAAGAAGGCAACAAGGAGUAGGCGGUGGGAGAAGCCAAAUAGUUUACCAAGAAGCAAAAGGAAUGAAGCAAUCCAGAGUAGUUCCUGCUGCAAAGACUAGUGCUGAUCAAUUGGUUAUUUCAUUAUUGAGAAAACGAAGUCGUUGGAGUGCGAAAUACCGGAAUGAAACGUGUUCUUACGGUUUGGUGUCCAAAAGAAACUCAAACUCAGGACCUAUAACGACUCAUGGACCAAGAUAUACAAACUCAAAAAAGGAACCGAAAAAUGCUUCUAUUUCGAGUGAGUGUUUAACAUCAUCUGGUUCAAUGGAAUUUGUUUCUUAUAAAUACUUCAGCGAAAGAUCAAAUGGAGUUUCAAGGCCAGAAUCAAUGAGCGAAGACAAAAAUCUUCCUCCUCUAUCCAGUUCUGGUGGAGUGUCAUCCAUCAAAAAGAUGAACAAAGAAGACCAGGUUGAUAUGAAGAAAGUUGCAAAUUCUUGUCACUUGGAAGAAUCAAAGGCCUCAGCUCUAAUAGUUGGCUAAAUUUCAUGGGGGGGGGGGGGGGGGGGGUUUCGUACGAUGACCCAUUUUGCAAAAUCCAAUCUCGUUUUAUUAAAAAAGUAGAUGUUUUUCUUUUGACUUUAUGCUCGUCAUAUCAACGUUAAACUACCAAAACAGACCACCUUGCAUGCAGGUUAGGAUCUCAUUCGCGGUUUCCAUAUUUUUUUAAACUUCGAUUCCUAUUUGUGAUGAUUAAACGUUAGCGCUGGUUCCUCUCACUCUUCGCUCUUUGUUAUCUCUUCUUGAGAGUAGCAUGAACAAAGAGGGAAGAGAAAAAUAAAAGAGUGCUAACAUUUAAUCAUUGUAUGCAAAGAGAAUCAAGAGCGAGAUCCUAAGCCACCACAAUGAUCUGUUUUAUUAUUUCCAUGUUGAUACAGGGCAAAAUGUCAAGAAACUUAUGUAUUAGAAAAGUGGGAUAGAUUCUAAUUUUGAGUCACCCAUAAAAUUAAUUUGAAAUUUCUGUGGUCACACUGGAAGGACAUUGUGUAGAGUAAAAAUGGAAAUGAAGUUAUGUGAGAUGGUCAUUGGUUGAUUGAUGAAGCAAUGUAGAUAUAAAGAAAUAGGAAGCUCAAAGAACACAAUUUGUAGGUGUUGGCUUCGAACAAGAAAAGGAAAGAAACAAGAGGUAUCACCACCAUUCUUUUUGUUCAUUGAGCUAUGAAUGUAAGAUGUCAAUCUCGGCUUUGUAUGUAACUAAGUAGGAAAGAAAAAAAGGCCUUGCCGCCUUGGUAUGAAAUAUGUAUCACUCCAUUGUACAUAUAUAUAUAUAUACCCAUUAUAAAUACAUGAGUUGAAACUUUU